AUGCAAGGCGGAGUCUGGCUGGGCCAAACGCCUGCCGUCGCUUCGCCCAUUCACCUGCCAGGAUCGAGGUACAGCAACUUGACCGGCGGCCAACCAACGCAGCAGCAGCCGAAUCACCAUGGUGUCUACUUUCAGCAGACACGAGGAGUCGUGACCAGCGACCGGGUCGCGACCAUCCGACAGGUCAGACAGGCCUCUCCAGUGCUGUCGGCGCCGGCGUGGGAAAAAAAGCAGGCGGUGAUGGUGUGGUUUCACGGCGGCCUCUUCAGCACCGGCUCCAGUACACUGGAGCUCUACAACGGCGCUAUUCUGGCCGGCAAGGUGAGUCAGCAAAGAGGAUUUGAGCCUUCUCCGCCAGAAAAAGAGUCAUAG